GAAAGCAAGUACAAAUGUACUAUUUGUCAUCUUGGUCUUCGAAAUCCUGUGCAGACGUUCUGCGGCCACAGAUUCUGUAGGGAAUGCAUUUUACACUCAAUGAGGUACUAUGUGAAAUGUAGUUGAAGUUGGGAUGUUGUAUUAGAAUGAUUUUAAAAUUACAAAUAGUCGAAUAAUACAAGAAAGUAGAAAUAACUAAUCUUAUAUACAUAUUAAAUACUUUGAAAUCCCUUCAUGUCAUUUGUUUGCUUCGAAUCUUAAACGAUCAGUUCGCAUAUUGGAUCGAUUUUUCAGCAGUUUGUUCGGCAGUCUGAAAUUUGAUUCUGUGUCGAUUUUGAUCGAUCGAUUGCCUAGAGUUUGCAGACCACCCUAGGUACCUGGUAGUGAAAUGGCGGAUGCGUAAAUUCAGUGUGCACUGAAAGAGUACUUUGGAAAAUUUUAGGUUUCUUCGCGUAUGAGCGAUUGUUUGUCAUUACUUAAAUAGAGACUAUAUAAGGCUAUGACAGUCACAAAUGAAAGACAAAUGCAUUAAGUUAUGGUUACGUAUAUAUAACUGAAUUACUUGCUCUUAUUUUAAUCCAUGCAUUCCGAACUUGAUAUUUCUCUUUUCCCUCAUUAACUAUGACACUAAGAAAUUGAAGCUAAUAAACUAAUUGUGUUAGUACAGUGCACCUAUGCUCAAGGUUAUUCAAAGUCCCUAGAUUGGCAAAAGGAAAUCAGAACAUGGUUGCCAGAAAUAUAAUUUUAAUCGAAGUAAUAGCAAGCAAUUGUCGUUGAAUUUUAACAUGGCCUCUCAAGUAAUUGCUUGAGAACUAGUUCAUAAUAUUUCAUGUGAAUAAAGUCUCUAUUAGUAUGAAUCUAGACAUCGAUAACUGAGAGGUCUGUACUGGGUACAGGCAGGUUAUGUGUUAGUCCUUUUCUUCGGAUUGAGCAAUUUGCUUGGCAUAAGAGUCAUGGCUUUCGUUAGAAACAAAGGCUAUGUUUAUAUAUAUGUAUGCUAUGCUAUAUAUAUGUUUUAAUUGCGGAAUUACUUUAAUAUAUUACUGCUUAGGUAUCUGUGCAUGUGUUAUUAGUAAUCAAGCCAACAAGCAGGCCACAAGUUAUUUCUAGCUUCUAAGAAAGUUUUAGUUUUCCUCUCACCCACACCAUUGACAGUUUUGAUUGUUUCUUUAUUUCAUUGAUGUUUGUAAUUUAUUCCUGGUUACUGGAUCAUUGUUAUAGUAUGUUCAUUAAAUAUCUUUUAUGUAGUAGUCAAGUGUGCUAUUUAGGUAGGAUAUAUAUAUGCAUUAAAUAAACUGUCAAGUCCCAAAACUAGCCUCUGUGUGUUGUGUUGUUUAGGCUGAUGUUAUCUCCCUUUAAUUCGAGAUAAUAAAAUUGAAAAUGUUACAGCUUGCUUAUUGUAUACUUGACCACUGAAGACAGGUUGCCUCUUUGGUGACUCUUACUGAAAAAGUUUUUUCUACAUGCCAUAGUGACCAAAAUGGUUGCAGCUUAGUUAUUUAUUCACUUUUUUGUGCAAUUAUCAAUAUAAGAUUUUCAACUGCCUAUUAUAAUAUUAAAGUUUAAACUAUACCAAAAUAUAAAACCGCUCUAGCAAUACAGUACUGAACAAGAGGACAGACUCAUAAAUGAUAAUACUGAUGGGUCAUGUCGCAUGCUAGGCACUUCACUCAAAACCUGUCACUAAGCAGUUAGGUAGUGAGAAAUGCAGCCCAUAAGAUUGUAACAUUUGUUUUAUUCAUUCAUAUCCUUCAUUACUUGUUUUAGGGAUAGCCAUGGUGACUCACUUUGCCCUUUGGAUAGAACACCUCUGUCAGAAUCACAGGUAAAGCACUUUUCUCUUAAUUCUUAAACCUUAAGUGACAAGCUUCCAAUUUCUCCUUACAAUAUCACCCCAGAAUCACACAUUAAGAUCACAAGAAUAAAGGAAAUGAUCACCAACUAGAGAUGUUCUUGAUUGCUGAACAGAUUCUCUUUACCUGCACCACAGUUAUAAAAUAUAUGGAGAGCAAUAUGGAUAAUUACAUAUACUGAUGUUGGUGUAAUGGGUUGAACAUUUAACUCUGAAGAUCUAAAUAAUUAUUCUCCACACUGGUUAUAAUUCAUCACUUACACUUUUUGAAGUAAAAUUUGAUGGUUAAUCAAGCAAUAUGUAGUUGAUCAAUUUUCCACUUCUUGUCACCUUUUCUACUUGAAAAUGAAUGGAUGUUGUGAAGAGAAAUUCCUAGGAGUGAAAAGGCCAAGUUGAAUAUGAAAAGCAUUGAAAUUUAGACAGUAUAUUUUGCAUUUUUAGUCAAAUUUCUCAUCUGGUACACGAUGAUGAGAUAAACAUUAAUUAAUAUGAAACAUCAUGUGGUAAUUAUAACUUAAUUAGCCUAAAUUGGUAAAUUGUAACAAAACUUUUAAGUCAAUUUUGUUGAAGAUGUUAGUUGUUUCCAGUUAAAUUCAGAAAAACGUUAUAAACACUUUGAAGUGAAUGUGACAGGGCAUUUGUGUACUGACCAAUCACAAAAAUUGUAAGACAUACAUGCAAACCUCAAAGCCACAGACUAAUUACCUCUGAUGUUUGUUAAAGGCAUAUUCAUUAAGAUGCAGAAACAAUAUUUUGUAAUGAAUUCUGAUAUUCAUGAUUUUUCGAGUUUCACAGAAAGUAAUUGACUGAAGACACUCUAAGAAUCAAACAGUAAUAAACAAUUUUACAACUCAUAUGUCAGAAACUAUGGGAAAUAGUUUUGUUGUUACCUUGCACUAAGAGACUGGAAAUAGGUGAAUAUAAGAAACUGGAAACUCAUGAGAAGGAUCUUUGUUCUAUGAGAGAAAAAUGUUGUCUUAUGUGCUCAGCUUGUGUUGAACUGCAGACAUGAUAACAGAGAAGUGUUCUUCUAGAUCAUUGGAAAUUUAAUUUAUAAGGAAACAUGUGUUGGCAUGUUUUCAACAUCAUGUUUAUCGCUGAAUGAUCUCAUGCAAUGAGUAGCAUCAUGAGGUACAUGUAUGUUGAAUUAUCAGGUAAUAGCACCUGUCCAGUUUGAUAUUGUCUAGAUUUAGAUUAGUGACCAUGAAAGACUGCAGGUUGACUGGACUUACAUAGAUACCAAACCUCACUAAAAAACACAUUCACAGCCAAAAAACAAACAAACAAAAAAUUAAAAUAUUGAUUUAACAGCAUAUGCCUUUGGCUUUUCCCUUUUGUAGCUAGUUUAUAAAUGUUAUUAUGUUUAAUAUCUGAGUAUGAGUAUAAUGAAGAAAGGAUAACAAAAAGGUAUUAAAACAGAUCAACCUCUCCUGGCUUCCUGAAGUACUGUAUAAGAGGAAAAUGCCCUCGAUUUGAAAGUUUUUAAUUCUCAAAAGUUUUCACUUCAGCCCUUGAAACUCAAGAGAUUUAUUCUCUGAUAUAUCAGUGGCUACAUAGGAUUAAUGUACUUCUCUCAAUUUUCUGCUUGACAGGAUCACUUAAGUGGAUGCCAAUUUGUUGUUGUGAACUGUAAACACAACUGUGGCAAACAGCUACAAAGGAGAGACAUCCACCAACACAUGGAAGCUGAGUGCUUGUACAGGAAAAUUCCAUGCGAACAUUGUGAGGAUCCAGUUUUAUGGAACGAAGUUGAGGCAAGCCUCUAAGUUAUAAAAGUGACCCAAAGAAAAAAUUAACUUUUCUUGUCAAGUACUUUAAUUAUAAUAAUGAACUUCACUAUGUUAAAUUGAAAUUUGUGGCAACAGAAUGAACGACUCCACAUUGUGUAGAAACAAAAAAACAUCUACUUUAACUCCUCAACAGUAAAAUGAUGUUGGUUAAAACUAAAAUAACAAACAAUUACAAUUAAGCUACACAGUAUAUGAUAUAAAGAAAUUACAAAACAGGACAGAAAGAGGACUAUAGAGCAGUUACACAGUUACCACCACAGAAAAGACCAAUAUUGAUACUGCAAAUGCUAGGGCCAAAAAAAAAGGAAAAGGAAAAAGACUAGCAAAAAUGGCGGUAUGUUAUUGAACUACGCUUAGCACAAAAAACACGAAGAGAGGCAUAUUGCUGAUGUAUAUGUAUAUAUAUAUCAAUAAAUUAUGCUAGGUGGCAAUAUGGUGGUGAUAAGGUGGCAACGAAAACGAUAAAAAGAAAAAGGUGCUAAUGAAGUAGUUGCCUCCUGUUAAGAAAAACAGGAUAUGCUCGAGCUGGAUCAGAGCCACUUGGUUCAAGCACAGACUUAUUCCUCUAAGUUGGUGAUGUCAAUUUUUUUUUACCUAAUCAUAAUUUGAAGUGACUGUUCUUUUCAGAAACAUUUUGAAAACUGCCACUUGGUUCAAGCACAGACUUAUUCCUCUAAGUUGGUGAUGUCAAUUUUUUUUUUUAUCUAAUCAUGAUUUGAAGUGACUGUUCUUUUCAGAAACAUUUUGAAAACUGCUCCAAGUAUCCUCAGCAAUGUGAAAAAUGUAAAGAGGAGGGCAUUAAAAGAGACAAGGUAACAAUUUUAUGUAGCAAUUUUUUAUGUAGGGAAUUUUAUGGAUCAAUUUAUAAUCCCCUAACUUAUAUUUUUCUUCGUUCUUGUUACUUGUCUGCUUGAUAUUGUAAGGAGAAAUUCUGUCUUAGUCACUCAUGGGAGUUAAAGAGUUAAGGGAUCACACUCACUCUUUCCUAAGUCCCAUUGGUCUGUUUGUAUUGUCUAACACCUGUAUUGAAUGGUCAAUUAAAGCAGAAUCACUCAACCAAAACUAAGAAUGAUCUUUCAAGUUAUUUUAAAUUUGUGUUUCUCUCCCAAAAUGAAAUUAAGUUACUGUAGUAUUUUUGAGAAAGAUUCUUUAAACUAAGUGGUCAGUUAUGCCAUAAAGUGGUGCUGUUUAUUGUUUUUUAUAAUGGGCUUUAUCUGUGGAACCUGUAUUACACAGUUAUCCUGACAUUCCAUGCAUGUGACCACUCAAUAAAGGUUUCAGUGGUAUCAACACAUGAAAUUACAGCAUAAAAUGUAGUAGAAAAUGGGACUGAAUCUAUGGGCUGGUUAUUUAAACAGAGUUAGCAGCUGGUUAAAGAAACUGCAUCCCUAGCAAUCCUCAAUUUAGCUGAAUCUUUCAGCUGGCUGCUUUAUUGUUAUGUAUUUGUUAGUGUCUUUUUUCUUAAUUAGAUGAAAUUCCACUUGGAACACUAUUGCCCAAAAGUGAAGGUAGAAUGUCCCUUUAACCUUGUUGGAUGUGCAUUUGAGGUAACAAAACAGUACUUAACAAGCAGUUAUUUAAUAUUUUGAAGUUGUAUACAUGUAAUUUUCACUGUAAGAGCCAAGUUCUUUUAGAAAUUGCGAUGGCAUCAUUACCCAAACAGUUCAAAUGCCCUUUGCACUUGCUGAUGUUGUCAGUUUUUCCUUGUAAGUUUACCUGAUUACCUGAAAUUCUCCCAGGAGCCUGAAAAAUUAUAAUUCUUUAGUUCAUACAUAGUUAGACUAAUUAAGUCUUCUCUAUUUUUUGUAGGGCUUACGAUCUGAUAUCGGAAAACACCUUGCUAAUGAGCAUUUCCAUGAAAUCAUGGAUUUAAUGAAAAUUGUAGUAAGCUAUCAAAUGGAAGUCACAAGAAAAGAUUCAAACCAAAUAGAAGUCAAAUCCAAGGGUGAAAAUGAAUCUCUUGUUGACAGAAAAGAAAAACAGAUUGAGCAGUUAGAAAGUGAGGUUGGUGCCCUCAAACAAACUGUUUGUGAGCUUUCCAGCCAAGUGAACUGUUUAGAGCUCCAGCAGAAGGAAAUGCACAGCUUGGUGCUUAAACAGGAAAUCAAGUAAGUGUCCUGUUUUGCUCUCUUUAAAAAAUGUCGUUAAUUGACAGGUUUGUGAUUCAGUUGUGCUUCUAAGUUGAGUGGAGCUAAAUGUUCAAACUCUCCAUCUCUUAUACUCUGCAUCAUAUAUCCCAUCCUCAUGCCACGUCAAUCUUUGACACAGUGUUGACAGCUUUAUUGGCUCUGUCAGCAGGCUUGUCAAAAAGAGCAUGAAUAGCCAGACUGUGAUACAAAGUAGGCAGCACUUAAUACUUUAUUUCCAUCAAUGUCAUGCUUCCUUGUUAAAAAUUGAGCCACAAGCAUUCAAAAUAAAUGUUGCAUUUGUCAGAGUAGAUGGUAAAAUGUGGUGGUUGCCAGCUUAUUUUGUCAACCCUGUCUAUGGACAGUCAUGUGACGGUCACCAAAAUGUGAUUUAUUCCUACUGUUUCUAAUUAGUUAUUAGACUUAUGAGUGUUAAGAUCCUUAAAACAUAAAAUAAUGAGAACCAACUCUCAAUAAGUGCAAGGAAAUGAACUUAAUUCCCUAAAAAAAAAUUGAACUGCUUAAAUGAUGAUAAUCUUCCUAUUCCUGAAAUGAUAGGUUACAUUGGGGAGAAGGGUAAUUGUGAAGAAGAGCUCCCCAAAAAACCUGUCGGUCAACUGUCGGCCGACUGUCGGCCGACAGUUGACUGACAGUCGGCCGACAGGUUUUUUGGGGAGCUCUUCUUCACAAUUACCGGGAGAAGGGCAUUCAUGUGAUGGAAUCUACCUCUGGAAGAUAGAAAAUCUUGCCAAGUGUCACCAGGAUGACAUCAGUGGAGCAAGUACGGUGAUGUAUAGUCCAGGUUUUUACACCAGUCCACAUGGGUACAAAUUGUGCUUGAGGAUGGUUUGGAGAAUGGAGAUGGUACACAUGUGGCUUUGUUUGUUCAUGUGAUGAGGGGUGAUUAUGAUGAGCACUUGGAAUGGCCAUUUUCAAAGGGUUUUAAGUUAUCUAUAAAGGAUCAGUGUGAUGUUAUGGAGUCCCAACACCAUAUCACAAAAAGAGUGGUGGCUCAGUCUGAACUGAGUGCAUUUCAGGAACCUGUAGCUCCAUUCAAUGUAAUUGGUUUUGGUUACCCAGACUUUGCAUCAACUGAGAUUUUUAAUCAACCAAAGUACACCAAGAAAAAUACUUUGUUGGUGAAGUUUAAGAUAACUGGUUAGCCUAGUCUGGUGCCUCUGUGACUAGCCUUGGAAUGUUAGGAACAUUUCAUUUCAUGAAGAAAGAUUCUGCAGGAACUGCAAUUCAUAUUGCUAUCAAAUACACUGUAUAAUUUUCUGUACAAACUAAAAAUUUUAUCACUCACAAUUUAAAGACUGAGCUGGUUAUUGAUAGGUUUUGUAAAACGUUUUUGAAGUGUCAAGUCACUUUAAACAAUAUUUGUAUAUGUGUAUACUGUUUUUCACUUAUUUAUCAAAUGUACAGGAAAUCACGCAGUAUCUUUUUGUAUAUACUGUAAAAAGUAUAUUGCAUGUAGAUAAAUGUUUUACAUAGAGUACCAGUAUUUGUAAAAUGUAAAGUGGUUACAACUGAAAAAAAGUAGUAUUUGAACAAGAA